AUGCUCGCGGCCGCUAAAUUCAUCACCCUCUGGCUUCUGGGUCUUGUGCUCAAAGGAGUGGCUGGAGGAGAGAGGAGGAGGAGAGAGCUUGUCGCCGAGGGAAACCACAUCUAUAGUGAUGCUAGUUGCCGUGGCGUGGGUUGCAAAGAAGUAUCUUUGAGCUUCCGAAUUGCUCGAGGAGCUUUUAUGGGCUUCAAAUUGAUGGGCUUGGCUCAAGCGCACCGAAGUACCUCCGACCUCUUUUUCCGCCUGCCUGAUGGACAUCUGUUUACUUUUGCGUCUCGUCUCGGUUAUCAAGGGCGCGUCUUCUGCUCCGGGUCAGCCAGGUCAGCCAGCCGAACCAACGGAUCUCGGCCUCUCUCCGUGUCCCAGAGAUUCAAGCGUACAGUAUCAAUAAGUAUAGCGAAUACGUCAUUGUCGGGUGGGGCAAAAGAGCUCCCCUCGAUUCACGUUCAACCUUCUCAACACCACCCUUUCUUUACUUUCCAUGUCCUCAAUCCGCUUUACUCACUACUCUUUACUGAAAACUCUCAAAACAAGAUUUCGGCAUACAGGCACAGGAUCCGGGUGAAGGACCCAAAGGAAUCGGGUAUGAAGAUGAUCCGCAAGAUCGAGCAACCCGAAGCCAAGUUCGACCUCUACUUUCUGGGCUAUGAUUCUCCACAGGCCGUCUCGCAUGGAAACCACUUCAGUGAUCGGGAGGGCCUCAUCGAGUUGACGCAUAACUACGGCACGGAGGAUGAUCCCGAGUACAAAGUCUCGACAGGCAAUUCCGAGCCGCAUAAGGGUUUCGGACAUACGUGUAUUAGCGUUGAUAACAUCCAGGCGGCAUGUCAGAGGAUUGAAGAUGCCGGAUACAAGUUCCAGAAGAAGUUAACUGACGGCCGUUUGCGGAGCAUUGCCUUCGCCUUGGAUCCGGAUGGGUACUGGGUCGAGAUUAUCGGCCAAAAUCCAGUUGACAAAACUGAGGCCAUCAAAACCACAAACUUGGAGACAUAUAGAAUGAACCACACCAUGAUCCGUAUCAAAGAUCAAGAGAAGUCGCUCAAGUUCUACAAGGAAGUCUUCGGUAUGAGUCUCCUCCGGACCAGCGAGAACAAAGAUGCAAACUUCAACCUCUACUUCCUCGGCUACCCGGGAGAGAAGGGAGUUCCUGAUUCGUCUGCUAAUGGAGUCAAUCCUACCGCUGAUCGUGAGGGUCUGCUGGAGUUGACAUGGAACUAUGGUACUGAGAAAGACGUUGAUUUCAAGUAUCACAACGGUAACGACCAGCCUCAAGGAUUCGGACACAUCUGCGUCUCGGUCGAUGACCUGGAUGCCGCAUGCAAGCGUUUUGAAGAGCUCGGUGUUAACUGGAAGAAGCGUCUUACAGAUGGCCGCAUGAAGAGCGUAGCCUUCAUCCUUGAUCCGGACAACUACUGGAUCGAGAUUAUCCAGAAUGAGAAGCUAAAGUCGCGUGCAAACUGGUAA